UUCCUGAUCUUUCCCAUGCCAGUAAGGCUCAGGAGGGAGUCCGGAUGUGUCUGCUGUGAAGAAGGAGGAGCGGUGGUUGAAGAAGGUAAACAAGCUCUGCUGACCUCUGUUAAAUCAUUUUAUACGUCUGAUCAUCAUCAUCAUCAUCAUGUCGCUGCAGGCAGAUCCAGUGUAGAUGAGAUGCACGCAUCUUUGCGCCUGGCAGUAGUGGUAGUCCCGAUGGGUGUGCUGCUGUCCCGGACCAUGGCGUGGAUGUCCAGCGGCAAGACACAUCCAGAGCUCGUCAGCAGGCUGAGGGAUCACGGGGUGAUCCGCAGCGACCGGGUGUUUGAUGCCAUGCUGGCCACGGACAGAGGGCUCUACGCUAUAGACUAUCCGUAUGCAGACUCUCCUCAGUCCAUAGGCUACAGGGCGACCAUCAGUGCACCACACAUGCAUGCUCAUGCUUUGGAGCUGUUAAGCGACAAACUAACUGAAGGGGCUUCGGCACUGGAUGUGGGUUCAGGGAGUGGAUAUCUCACAGCCUGCUUUGCAAGGAUGACCGGACCUGAUGGUAGAGUGGUUGGCAUUGAACACAUCGAUGAACUGGUUCAAAUGUCAAUAAAAAAUGUGCAAGCUGACAACCCAGAACUGCUCACCUCUGGACGCAUCAAACUUAUAGUGGGAGAUGGAAGGCUCGGCCACACAGACGGAGCGCCGUAUGAUGCCAUUCAUGUUGGUGCAGCUGCACCUACUGUUCCCAAGGCUCUCUUGGAGCAGCUGAAGCCUGGUGGGCGGUUGGUUCUGCCAGUGGGCCCUGACGGUGGCAGUCAGGUGCUAGAACAGUACGAUCGGCAGAGCGAUGGGUCGUUUCUCAAGAAAGCUUUGAUGGGAGUGGUCUACGUCCCCCUGACUGACAAGAGGCGACAGUGGCCUGGAGGUGAGCUCUGACUGCAGUGUGGUUGCCCCCGCAGGAGGUGGCGUUGGUGCUGCAUCUCCGGGGCCCCGUAGCGCUCCUCAUGGUUUCACUGAGCUCCAGUCUUAACAGCCACCUGCCCCGCUGGGUCGUCACCUAGCAACGUACAAGGAGGAUCUCGCUCUGUUUGCCUGACCAGAUUGUCUUCCAGGAGUGAUAAAACAGUGAGCGACCACUGCUGGACUGAUGACCUUACUCCCAGAAUCCUCUGAGUCAUUUAGAGAGUGAUGAGGGUAUUGUGGAUGACAAAGAAAAGUCUGAUCUCUAAGUGAUUCACAGUUUUAUUUAUGGGUAAGUUCAGCCAUGAGAAAAAAAAUGCAAUUACAGCUUAAGGAGCUUCAGUAUGUGUUCUUCUGGAUGCUUGUGUGAAAUUCAGAUGAGUGGUAAAUGUGUGACUUUGCGUGUAAUCUUAUGGGAACGCUUUGGUGAUGAAUGCAGAAACACUGCUUAAAUGAAAAUUCCGCAAAUUAACAAAGUAAUAUAUAUUUUGUGGCAAGAACUUCUUCUUACAUGCUUCAUAUACUGUAUGUUUAGAAAUGUCCUCUGUGACAUUGUUACUGUAGAGCAGAGGGGGCAUUGUGCCAAAAACUGAUUGAGGCACUUAAUUUUUUUGUAACUAUACAAAUAUUGAAUUAUGUGUACACUUAUAAGAUUUAUUAAUAAAACCCACUAAAUGGA